CCAGGGGAGUUUAUUACACGGCCCCUCUACAGUUACCAAACCAUGAAAUACAGCGAGAUCUCCCACUUCAGCCACCCCCACCACAACCUCAAAUUCGAGUACGCCAAGGCGCCGUUCAAAUGCGAUGGCUGCAAGGAAGUUGGCAUCGGCUCCUCCUACAAGUGCGGCGGUGCCGCCUGCAAUUUCGACCUCCACACCCACUGCGCCAUACCUUCACCCUCCAUCACCCACCCUUUCUACACGAAGUGCUCGUUCCAGUUCCUCAGCCGGCCGCCGGGGCAGGAGGCGCGUUACUGCAACGCGUGCGAGAAGAGCGUGACGGGGUUCGUGUACCACUGCCAGUUGUGCGGGUUUGAUCUCCAUCCAUGCUGCGCUAAGCUGCCGAUGGUGCUGGACGACGGCGACAUCAAAUUGUACUUGUUCAGCAAAGUUAGCGCGCCGUGUCACAGGUGUGGGAGAAAGGGGAGGAGCUGGAGCUACAGAUCCUCGUGCAAGAAGUACAACCUACACGUGGCGUGCGUGAAGGAGAUGCUGGUGGACAGCUGGCAGGAACUCUACAACGGGAGUGGUGGGUACACCUACACCGAUGGCAGGAAAUCCGUUCCCAGCUUGAAAGCCACGCUGGAGACUCACAGUAAUCACAAGAAGAGCAGCAAAGGGAAAGCGCAGAAAUGCUGUGAGGUGGCUGGACUGGCGUUGCAGUUUGUGGUGUCCGCGCUCCUAGGAGAUCCCACCACCCUUAUUGCUGGCCUCGUCGGCACAUUAAUGUCUAAAUAGAAUUCAACAUAUAUCCAAAUUAAAAUAAUAAAUAUUAAACUACGUAUGUGAUAAUGUUAAGUUAUGUACAUGUGAGUGUGCCAAUAAAAUUUAUUUUUAUUAUAACAA